CUGAGAAGCUCCACCUCUUCUCUGCACUGCGCGCCUGAAUCCUUCCGCGCCACGCUCCUUUCCUUCCCUCCUUCCAACAGCCUGCCCGGCACCGCCCGAGCUGUGACCCGGCAUGGAGCUCAUUACUAUCUUAGAGAAGACUGUGUCUCCAGACCGCAAUGAGUUGGAAGCGGCGCAGAAGUUUCUGGAGCAGGCGGCAAUCGAAAACCUGCCAACCUUCUUGGUGGAGCUCUCAAAGGUACUGGGAAACCCUGCGAAUAGUCAAGUGGCUCGAGUUGCAGCUGGCCUUCAGAUAAAAAAUUCCUUGACCUCGAAAGACCCUGAUGUGAAGGCACAGUAUCAACAAAGAUGGCUCGUUAUCGAUGAAAACGCUCGCAGUGAAAUCAAAACUUUUGUUCUACGGACUCUGGGCACAGAAAGCUAUAGACCAAGCUCAGCUUCUCAGUGUGUGGCAGGCAUUGCCUGUGCAGAAAUACCAGUCAAUCAAUGGCCGCAAUUAAUACCACAGUUAGUAGCCAAUGUAACCAACCCCAGCAGCACAGAACACAUGAAAGAGUCAACACUAGAAGCUAUAGGAUACAUCUGCCAGGACAUUGAUCCAGAGCAACUCCAGCACAAAUCUAAUGAAAUAUUGACUGCGAUUAUUCAAGGCAUGAGAAAGGAGGAGCCAAGCAACAACGUCAGGUUGGCUGCCACCAAUGCUCUACUCAACUCCCUAGAAUUCACCAGAGCAAACUUUGACAAAGAGACUGAAAGGCACUAUAUCAUGCAGGUGGUCUGUGAAGCAACACAAUGUCCUGAUACCAGGGUACGAGUAGCUGCACUGCAGAACCUGGUGAAAAUUAUGUCUCUUUAUUACCAGUACAUGGAAACCUAUAUGGGUCCUGCAUUGUUUGCGAUCACUGUGGAGGCAAUGAAGAAUGAGAUAGAUGAAGUUUCACUGCAGGGAAUUGAAUUCUGGUCCAAUGUCUGUGAUGAGGAGAUGGACCUAGCAAUUGAAGCAUCUGAGGCAGCUGAACAAGGAAGGCCGCCAGAGCACACCAGCAAAUUCUAUGCCAAGGGAGCUUUGCAGUAUCUAGUCCCUAUUCUAACACAGACUCUCACAAAACAGGAUGAGAAUGACGAUGAUGAUGAUUGGAACCCAUGUAAAGCUGCUGGAGUAUGCCUAAUGCUUUUAGCCACAUGCUGUGAGGAUGAUAUUGUUCCCCAUGUGCUGCCUUUUAUCAAGGAACAUAUAAAGAACCCAGACUGGCGAUACAGAGAUGCUGCGGUUAUGGCAUUUGGCUGCAUCUUGGAAGGACCUGAGGCCUCUCAGCUUAAGCCACUAGUCAUUCAGGCCAUGCCCACUCUAAUUGAGUUAAUGAAGGAUCCAAGUGUAGUUGUAAGAGACACCACUGCCUGGACUGUGGGACGAAUUUGUGAGCUACUGCCUGAAGCAGCCAUCAAUGAUGUAUACCUUGCUCCCCUCCUACAAUGUCUCAUCGAAGGGCUUGGAGCAGAGCCACGUGUAGCAACUAAUGUUUGCUGGGCCUUCUCCAGCUUGGCUGAAGCAGCUUAUGAAGCUGCUGAUGUGACUGAUGACCAAGAGGAACCAUCUUCAUAUUGUCUGUCCAGUUCAUUUGAGGUCAUUGUGCAGAAAUUGUUGGAAACUACAGAUAGACCUGAUGGACACCAAAAUAAUUUACGGAGUGCUGCAUAUGAAGCCUUGAUGGAAAUAGUUAAGAACAGCGCUAAGGAUUGUUACCCGGCUGUACAGAAAACCACACUAGUUAUCAUGGAGCGACUGCAGCAAGUGCUUCAGAUGGAGUCCCACAUACAGAGCACAUCAGACAGGAUCCAGUUUAAUGAUCUGCAGUCUCUCCUCUGUGCUACUCUGCAGAAUGUGUUGCGUAAGGUUCAGCAUCAGGAUGCCUUGCAGAUAUCUGAUGUAGUGAUGGCUUCACUGCUUCGCAUGUUCCAGAGUACUGCGGGCUCUGGCGGUGUGCAGGAGGAUGCACUAAUGGCUGUCAGCACACUAGUGGAAGUCCUGGGAGCAGAAUUUCUAAAGUACAUGGAGGCAUUUAAACCUUUCCUUGGCAUUGGAUUAAAGAAUUAUGCAGAAUAUCAGGUAUGCCUGGCUGCUGUGGGGCUGGUAGGAGAUCUUUGCCGUGCUCUGCAAUCAAACAUAUUGCCCUUCUGUGAUGAGUUCAUGCAGCUUCUAUUAGAAAACCUAGGGAAUGAGAACGUUCAUCGCUCUGUGAAGCCACAGAUCCUGGCAGUGUUUGGAGACAUAGCACUUGCCAUAGGUGGAGAGUAUAAAAAGUAUCUUGAAGUUGUGCUCAACACACUGCAACAAGCAUCUCAAGCUCAGGUGGACAAGACAGACUACGAUAUGGUUGAUUAUCUUAAUGAACUGCGAGAAGGCUGUUUGGAAGCGUAUACAGGAAUUAUCCAGGGGUUGAAGGGUGACCAGGAGAACGUGCAUCCUGAUGUAAUGCUUGUUCAGCCCCGUGUUGAAUUCAUCCUGUCGUUUAUUGAUCACAUUGCUAGUGAUGAGGAUCACACAGACAGUGUGGUGGCAUGUGGUGCAGGUCUAAUUGGGGACCUGUGUACGGCAUUUGGAAAGGAUGUCUUGAAACUAGUAGAGUCUCGACCAAUGAUCCAUGAAUUAUUGACAGAGGGCAGGAGAUCAAAGACGAAUAAGACAAAAACACUUUCUACUUGGGCAACGAAGGAACUGAGGAAACUGAAGAACCAAGCCUGACCUCACUGGCAGGGUGAUGCCUGACAUCCCACUGGAAAUCUCCAACCUUUUCGAAAACAAAAUUAUAUCCCGGAAGUGAGGAGUAUGUGCGGAUACUGAGUGUUUGGGAAUGAGAGGAUGAGUGUGUGAGGCUUCAAACAUACCGCAUGGAUAAUGCCACCACAGCAGUGCUGUGAGAAGAGCAGACUUCCUGGGAGAGACGGGGGGAAAGCUGUGUCAUCGUCUGCACCCCCAAGAGGAGAGGAGCAAGUGCAGAGGGCCUCCACUCAUUAGGCGUCUGCUUUCACUGUCUUGUGGCCAGGGCAGAGCAGGAGUAACUUUAUUUUCAAAUUUGUUACAUCUGGCCAUUUUUUGUUUUACUUUUAAACCUCCCCUGCUGAAGAACUCGACCCUCCCCAUGAAAUGACUUGCAACUUUUUCAGACCAGAGGGGCCGAGCGGAAGGAUUCUAAGAGUGCGUGCGUGUGAGUGAGGAGGUACAACAGUGUCCACAGUCUGAUCCUUUUUGUUUUUAGUUUUUUUUUUUUUUUUUUUCCGUCUCCUGUUCCCUUUAUUGGAGGAGUUCAGCUAACCUGAGGCACAGUGCAAGAAUUCCUGAUAACAAAGUUUUUCCUCUAGGUUCUUAACAUUUUUUUUUUUUAUUAUUUAUAAAUUUUUUUUUACUGAUUUUCUUCCAGAGGUUCUUUCAGCAUACCUAGUGGGUGCUGUUGCUGGUGCUUCUGGCAAGAAAGCAGUUAAUGGAGUCACUGGCUUGAAUGUUCUGUAGUAAACAAAAUUUAUAUGGUGGUUAAUUUCAUUUUGUUCAUCUAUGAAUGGGUUGGGGGGGGGGGGGAGAGUAGGAAUUUGUGAAGUUUCUAACUGUGAGAAAUGAAAAAUGACCCUAAUAUCAGUUUGGAGAGCCCCCGUCCCCAGCAAAAUUCAAUAAUCUUGUAAAACUUAAUGGGCGUGACAUUCAUUGGAGGAUACUAUUACCCUCCCACUGCCCCUUUUUAGUGUUGCAAACAGAACAGCCCUACAAGACAAAUGUGCCAAAGAAUCAAAUCAUAAUGAUUUUUGUAAAUGUGAAUGUUAAAUGAAAUGGCCUGCAGCACAUUUUCCUGCACAUUGUCAAACAGUGUGCAGGUGUAGUCCUCUAAAAGGUUAAACAUUAGAUAAGGCAAAAUAAUUAUGCAAUUGGGGCUAUAUUGACUUUUAUUUCACUAGCUAAUGUGAUAUUCAAUCUCCUAAUGCACUUAAAGGAAAAUUUGAGUAUAAAAAUAGUUUAAAGGACAAUAAGAAAUUUCUAUAAGUAUAUUCUAGAUACUGACUGGACGUAUGUUGGACCAUGGCACUUGUACAAGGUUCUAUUUUUUCACUGCAGUUAAAGAUUAAUAAAAUGGUGUCAAACAUC